AUGGCUAAUUUCACUGGGGUCCUUGGCUGUAAUAUGCCUCCAUCAAGAAUCCUGAAAAACAUUUCCCUUUUGCCUCUAAAGCAACCAAAGAUAAUAGUGGGCCAGCCUAUUCCUUGUGUAACCUUGGUGUUCAUGGAUGCCAGCUCUACGGGGAAAAUUGGCAUAAUAUAUUUCCACCCUGAUACCAGGAGUACUCCCAGCAACCUGGCUUCCAGUGAACCUAUCCAGAGAGUGGAGAAUUCCAUGGGACAUGGAGAUGAAGAAUUUCUUAAUGAGAUCCUGCACUGGACAAGGCAUGAAAUUAGCUGCACCACUCCUGGAAUUAUUGCCUUGGUAGCUUCCAUCACCUCCACAACCACUGCUACUGCUUUGUUCACUCAGAGUAUCCAGACUACUCAGACUUUCUCCUUCAGUUUGAGAAACUGUAUUGCCAAGAAACAAGGGGAAACCUCACCUUCAGAGACUGAGCUGAGAAUAAAGGAGAUCCUGGGGAGACUAGACCAGCUGAUCCCGCCCAGACCCUUCACCCAUGAGGACACCACCACCAGUGCCACACACAGCACAGCCACCCUCCUCCACCCAAGGGACACAUACUGCAGGGGGGACCAGCUAGACAUCCUGCUGGAGGCCAGGGACCACCUGGGACGCAGGAAGGAAUAUGGAGGGGACUUUUUGAGGGCCAGGAUGUCCUCCCCAGCCCUGAAGGCAGGUGCCUCAGGAAAGGUGACAGACUUCCACAAUGGCACCUACCUUGUCAGCUUCACUCUGUUCUGGGAGGGCCAGGUCUCCCUGUCUCUCCUGCUCAUCCACCCCAGUGAAGGGGUGUCGGCUCUCUGGAGGGCAAGGAACCAAGGCUAUGAUAAAAUUAUUUUCAAAGGUAAAUUUGUUAAUGGCACCUCCCAAGUCUUCACUGAAUGUGGCCUGACCCUAAACUCUAGCUCUGAACUGUGCACCUACCUGUACGGGAGAGACCAGGAAGCCUUCUACUGCAUGAAGCCUCAACACAUGCCCUGUGAGGCCCUGACCCAUGUGUUCACCAUGAACAGAGAAAUUUCUUAUCUUUCUGCCAAGGAAAAAAGGCUUUUCCAGAAGUCCAAAGUGGGAGUUGAAAUGAUGAAAGAUCUUGAACAUAUCAAUGUCUCCCAUUGUAACAAGAGAGAAAAGAGCACAGAGAAAUGCCAAAUUGGAAAGAAGACUCCAGUCCCCAGUGGAUACACUUUACAAGGAAGGUGGAUAACAACAUUUUGCAACCAGAUUCAACUAGAUACAAACAAGAUCAAUGGCUGCUUGAAAGGAAAACUCAUUUACCUGCUGGGAGACUCCACACUUCGUCAGUGGAUCCAAUACUUACCCAGAGUUGCAAAAACACUGAAAUUUUUUGAUCUUCAUGGAACUGGACCUUUUAAGAAAUAUUUGCUUCUGGAUGCUGAAAGACAUACUCAGAUACAAUGGAAAAAACAUAUCUAUCCUUUUAUCACUUCUCACCUCUACUCUGUGAGAGAUGCAGGUUAUAUCCCUCAGGAAAUUGACCAGAUUUCAGGUGACAAAAACACAGCCAUUGUCAUAACCUUUGGCCAACACUUCAGACCCUUCCCCAUUGAUGUUUUCAUUCGCAGGGCCAUCAGUGUUCGAAAAGCUAUUGAACGACUAUUCCUAAGAAGCCCAGACACUAAAGUGAUCAUUAAGACAGAAAAUAUCAGGGAGAUGCACUUAGAAACAGAGUGGUUUGGAGACUUCCAUGGUUACAUUCAGUAUCUUACCCUGAAUGACAUUUUCAAAGAUCUCAAUGUGAGUGUCAUUGAUGCCUGGGACAUGACCAUUGCAUAUGGCACCAAUAAUGUCCACCCACCUGAUGUUGUGAUUGGAAGUCAGAUUAACAUGUUCUUAAACUACAUUUGCUAAAGAAAAUAUUUGCAAAGUCACUAGGAACCAAUUUUCACAUCCCUUGUGUAUUUUCAAUGAAAUGUUAUUCAUUUUAAGGACUAAGACAAUCAAACAUAAAAGAACCUAUCCAUGGGAUUGUUUGUGAGAAACUUAAAGAAAGACAAUAAGAAUGGAGAUAAGAUAAAAAGUUUAAAAAAUCAUAUAUUAAGAAUGACCUUACC